GAAGUUUUGGCACAUAGCUUUAAUGUUUGCCAUUCCUUCAGGAGUCUAUGGUUCAUGGGGAUCAGUGUUGGAUGUAAACUUGAAACCUUUUGGAAUCUCACAGAAAGAAGCUGGUUGGCUAGACUUUUACGGAAGUAUUGGAGGAACAAUAUUUGGAAUACUUCUUUCAAGAUUUUCGGACAUUUUUAUGAAAAGAAUAAAGUCGUUCCUUGUUGUAGUGUAUUCUGUGGCAGCGAUAUUCUUCGUCAUCUUUACUCUUAUGUGUACGAAUGUCAUACAUCCUUAUACAGGAGUCCUUUAUUUCACUUGUAUAGGAGGCAGUACAUUAGUGGGCGGAGCAAUGCCACUAUUUUUCGAACUUAGCUGUGAGACAACAUAUCCAAUAGCGGAAGGUGUCACGACUGGUUUCAUGACAUUAGCAUUAAAUAUCACUGGAACCAUUUUUUUACUUCUUUCAUUAAUUCCAAACAUUGGACCGAUAUGGCCAAACUGGACAUUAAUUGGUUGUAUAGUUGUAACAGUGCCAAUGUUGAUAGCUUUCAAAGCUGAUUACAAACGAAUAGAUGUUGAUGUUUAUAAUAAACCGGAUUGAUACUUUUAUCAUUAUUAAAAAAAAUAUUGGGAAACUGUACAUAUUUUGAUGCUAGAGGAGGUUGUAGUGUUAUUGAUUAUAUUAUUGUGUCAGAAGAUAUUUGCGUGAACCCCCUGAGGGGUUCAUGCUUAUAUAUUGGUGAGUUUUGGGAGUGUCUAUGGGCCAUUCGAUAUCCUCGGAAUCAAGAUUCUCGGAACGUCUCGAAAAUUUUCGAUCAUUUAUACCGGUAGUUAUUUAUGUCUUUGAUAUGGUCCAUCUAUGGAUAGGCUACCACGUGACAUUGUAUAUUUCAACAAUCAAAGUUCAUUUGUAGAUUGGAAAGUAAAACAAGUAAAGACUAGGUUGCAGUCAAAAAAUCAUUUAUAUGUUAGAACCUAUUUGCCUUUUGACAAAACAUAUGUGUUUUAAUAAUGUGAAUGUUUAUUAAAUAUCAAGUAUAAUGAUAACGCAAUUAUAUAAUUCAUGCUUUGAGACGGUCUCUGUACGCGUAAUGUGUGUAGUAUUUAAUACAUUGUGCAUUGUGACAAUAAACCUGGGAAUAGUUUAUUGAUAUAUAAUGUCCCGGAAUAAACUGAUUAGUUCUGAAUGUU